AUGCAUCCACAAUUAUUGGCCCAAAGUUUCAAUAGUCAUAACAAUAAUAAUAAUAACAAUGAAGUGAUAGCUAAUCAAGUAAACAAUUUAAAAUUGUCUACAGACCAUCUGAUUGAACAUUCACCUCAAACAAAUGAUUCCAGUGAAUUUAUCUCUCAUCGUUCAAUGUCCAAUUAUAAUAAUCGUAUGAGUGCAGCAUUAUUCUGGUCUGGACAACAAACUAAUCAAUUACUGGAUGAAAACUCUACAAUAAAUCCUAAUAGUAAUAAUAAUAAUAAUCCGAAUGAAUUCGGUGUCAAUUCUACUCCACUUGACAUGAAUCCAAUUGAAUCAAGUGUAUUGAAUUCAGUGAAUGCUGUGUCUGCGGCAGCUGCAUCUUCUUGGUAUGGUGUAGCGGCAGCUGCCGCUGCUGCUAAUGAUCCUCGAUUGAACAAUGAAUAUAAUGAAUAUGUUUCACGUUUAAUGGGUGUAACUAGUGCUGCAAUGAUUAGUGGUUAUCCUGGGAAUCUUAGCCCAACUGGUUUCAAUCGAAAUUACAAUUUGUCGCAUAUCACUAAUACUACUACUAAUAGUAAUAAUGAUAAUAAUAAUAAUAACAAUAUGCAUCAUAUUUCGAGUGGGUCAAAUGAAUUCUUGAAUUCAAAUUUUUCUACAAGAACACGAAACAAUUGUCCAAGUAAUAAUCGAUUCACACGUGGACGAUGUUCAAAUAAUGUCUCCUGUAAUUCACCGAUAAAUACAAUUCAGUCUAACCGUCGUAUUGACACAUUAGACUACCAUAAUUCACCUAUGAAUACAUUUCAUAUGAAUAAUACCGUUGCUACUACUACUACUAAUAAUAAUAGUAAUAAUGACAGUAGUAACAUGAGCAGUAAUAAUCAUGCCGCUAUGUUAGCCUAUGAAAAGCAUCAGAAAGCUGUAGCCGUCGCUGCUGCAGCUGCAGCAGCUGUGGCAGUCAACACUGGUGGAGGUGUGACAGUCGGUAGUGGUACUAGUGGUGUAUCGGUAGCAGCGGCAGCAGCUGCUGCCGCUGCUAUGCAUUCUUUGCAUAAUGUUGCUGUUGGGCAUACAGGACAUUCAGUUGGUAUACACACAGCAACAAGUAAUUUUCGUGGUUUAUCACAACGUAGAAAACGCCGAGUAUUAUUUACACAAGCUCAAGUCUACGAAUUAGAAAGAAGAUUUAAACAACAAAAGUAUUUAUCUGCUCCAGAAAGAGAACAUUUAUCACAAUUGAUUAAUUUAACACCAACACAGGUGAAAAUAUGGUUUCAAAAUCAUCGAUAUAAGUGUAAACGUGCACAAAAAGAUAAAGAGACAUCAUCAAUCAGUGAUCAUCAGUCGACACCGAAUACAAUGGAUCUACGAAAUGAUACAGUCAAUACAAAUCAUUUAUCAAUGAGUAGUACAAUAGUUAAUCGUCGAACAACUAAUGAUCUAUUAGAUAAUCGCUUAAUAUUACCAUCAUCUAUGAAUAUAACAAAUUCUAUAAAUCAUCGUAAACUUGAUCCUAAUUCAUCUGAUCAUCAUUCAAUUAAUUCAGAUAUAUCAAAUUGUUCAGAAUCUUCAUCAAUUGAUGAAUAUCAGCAUGAAAAUCAUUCACAUAUUAUGCAUACACUAAUAGAUAAUACAAAAAUAACGUUAAACAGUCCUGAUCCACGUAUAAAAUCACAAAUAUGUAAUCGAAAUAGUAAUGAUUUCAAUUGUGAUAGAAGUCAAUUACAUUUGAUUAAGAAUCCUGUUUCAAUGUCACAACAACAAAAUCAGUUACAUCACUCUCCUCCUCCUCCUCAGCAUCAUCAUCAUCAAUCGAUUAAUGAUACACCAUUUGAUUUCUUCGGUUAUAAUGACUUACUAUUGAAUUCUAAUAAUUAUGCAUUAAAACAAAGUGGUCGUUCAAUGUUCAAUUAUUCAACGAAUCAAUUACCUUUUUCAACAUCAAUCCCUAUAUCAUGUUGUAAUAUUGAAUUACCAUAUGAAAAUGAACGAAAUGAUAAUAUAUCACCUAGAUCUAAAUUAUGUGAAUUAGCUAAUUCAACAGGGAAUCAACAUCAAAUGAUAUCAGGGAAUUAUAUGAAUAAUCCAUUUACAAGUUAUCCAUUUGUUCCAAAUGCAAAUUAUUAUACAAAUUAUAAUACAUCACCAUCAUAUUUACAAAAUUUUUUAACUGGAACUGAUCGUACUACUACUACUACUACUACUGCUACUGUUAUGAGUAAUACUACUAAUAUCGAUGUUAGUAGUACUAGUCCGAAUAUUGAAAAUAAUACUGGAAAUAAUGAAAAUUGGAUUAAAUUAAACUUAAAUAAUUUGAAUAAAUCAUUAAAUUUAACAAUAACAACAACAAUCCCUUCAAAGGUGACAUCAUCAUCAGCAGCAGCAGCAGCAACAGGAUGUUUAACACCGUGCCAGUUAGUUGCAGCUGCUUCCUUUUUCAAUUCUAGAUCAGAUUUCAAUGAAACAUCUUCUCUAUUAUUUCAGUCAACAAGAUCAACAACACCAAAUAAGAUAAAAAAUUCAUCUAUAAUAAAUACACUAACUACGGUAUCCAAUUUAAAUAAUCCAGUUAAUGAAGAAAUUUUAGAUAGUCAAUGUGAAGAAAUUAUUAAAAAUGAAGAUUGUACAGUGUAUAAAUCAUUAAUUCCUGAGGAUAAUGAAAGCAAUACUGAUAAUACUACUAACAACACUAUUACUAGUAGUAAUAUAACCAAUAGGUUUACAAAUUUUUCAUCAAUAAUUAAAGGAACAUAA